UAUUUUGAGUGGAAGGGGCAAAGGCGUGGAUUCCGAAACAGUGAAGAGGCGAAGCAGUGGAAGGGGAAGGAGAGAAUCCGUAGUCGUUGGAAGUGAUAGGUUCCAUUUGUGUUGCAAAGCCGCACAAAGACCCCGCACAGACACCUUGCGAUUGUUCAAUAACCAGCAUUUGGAAAUGGGAUCCAACGUGCAGCUGGUAUGGCCAGAGUCAGAGGCAUAUGCGUCACGGGUGAACAACUGCUCACAUGCAAAUUCAACCCUAGCUGCAAUUCGAGCGAAGUUGAGUGCGGAACAAUUAGAACAAUUCAAGACAUCAUGCUUUGGCCAUCUUCUGAAUAUAGACAAGAUUCAGUUUAGCGGGCAGAUUGUGCAUGGAGUUGUGUUGCGUCGAGUCGCGGGGCAGGGUGUGAAAGACUUGGAUGGACUGAGUUUCUUAAUAGGGUGCGACGUUGCUCAGUUUACUCGUCAGGAUUUCUGUUUGAUCUCGGGGCUUCGUUUUGGGGAAGUGCCUGAAGUUUCCAGUGGAGAAAGUGCUGAAAUUAGACUUCAGAAAAGAUAUUUUAUAGACGAAGGAAUUACAUGUAAUGCUUUAGAAGAAGCAUUUAUGAGGUGCAAAGAGAGAGAUGACGUCUACAAGCUAGCUCUUGUUUACUUUGCUGAGUUAGUGGUUUUGGGAAGGGACAAGCAUUUGAACAUCAAUGUAAAUUACCUGACCCUUGUAGAGGACUUGGAUGCGUUCAACAGGUAUCCGUGGGGUUCGGUGUCGUUUGACAAAACCCAAGACAGUCUAUUUUCUGCACCAACAAAGUAUACGAAAAGCUUUGAAAAUGAAGAGGGAAGAGAGAAGGGGAAAAGUAAGGUAACGGGAACAAGCCGGAAAAAUGAGAAGGGCAAGAAGCAUAAGCAUGGUGAAGUGCAAAGGGGUGGGUGGAGUUUUAAAGGUUUCACGUAUGCUUUCCAGAUUUGGGUAUAUGAAUUAAUUCCUAGAAUGGUGGACCUGAAUUACUGCAAGGUUGUUGAUCCAACAGCUGUCCCGCGUAUUUUGCGAUGGAGAACGACUACGUCUAUGCCCGAGAUGAGGAAGUUGAACAAUUAUUUUUUCCAAAGCAAAGAGUCAGUUCAGUUGCGGGCGCUACAUCCGAGUGAAGAGGAAAUGAGACAAUCAUAUUGGAGUUGGCCACAGGAUCGCCCUGCUGUUGUCUCGGCAGAGUCAAUUCCUUCUUCAUGUGCUGAUCUUGAUGAGUUGAACAAGCUGGUAAGCUUGUUGAGGUCCGAGUUGUUUCAAGUAAAGCGGGAAAAUGACGUCCUUGAGUUAAAGGUCAUACGGAUGGAAAAACUUUUGGACCACUGUUUAGAAUACAUUGAGCCACUUCAAAUGCAUCUACGUGAUCAGCAGCUAACUCUUUUUGACGUUGAUGGGAAAGUGCCCUCUCAAAUCGUAUUAUGA